AUGGCCAACACAGCAAGACCAGCCUUCUUUAAUCACGGACCCACAAACUUCUAUGGAGAAUUUAACGCUGUUUCCAUUGAUAUAAGGUUCAAUUUCUUGGAACAAUAUCAUCGUACUUCCCCUUCGUAUUAUGCAAUUCUCACUUUUAUUGUUCCGACACUCAUCAACCUCUUACAGCUGAAGUGCCAAGGAGACACCAAAACGCCAUUUGAGACCCACCCGAAGACCAUGUUGGCCGGUUGUGUAUACGGCGUUCAUCAUGCUUUCGGCAGGCAAAUUGCUUCAAUUGUUUUGCCUGAUCAAUUCACUGAGGCAGAGGUCAGAGGCCUUUACACCCCAAAGGGGUAG